AUCACAUGUUGCAGUGUUGUUGUUGCCAGCACAGUACAGUUCGUGAAGGGCAGAAAGCGGCAGGAUUAACGCUAGACUCGGGCUGCGUGGCACAAUGACAGAAUGACAUGCCCAGAUAACACGACGGCACAUGCAUCACUGAUUAAAACCAGCCGUCGCCGCAUGCGUGCGUUAAAGCUGUCGACGUCGCGUUGCGUGAAGACGUUCAGUCGCGUUUAGUGCGCUCGGAGAUGGACGCGCAUCUGUGGGAUCAGCUCCAGGCGGGCAGCUCGGAGGUGGACUGGUGUGAGGGGAACUAUCUCAUCUAUCCGGGAAUAGCGGAGUUUUAUAACACGAUAAGUAACGUGCUGUUCUUCGUCUUGCCCCCGAUCCUCAUGUGUCUGUUUCGCCAGUACGCCACGCACUUCAACAGCGGCAUCUAUCUGAUAUGGACUCUGCUGGUGGUUGUUGGUAUCGGCUCCACUUACUUCCAUGCGACGCUGAGCUUUCUGGGGCAGAUGCUGGAUGAGCUGGCCAUACUGUGGGUGCUCAUGUGUGCCAUCGGCAUGUGGUUUCCCAAGAGAUACCUGCCCAAGAUGUUCCGCAGAGACAGAUCGAGGUUCAAAAUGGUCAUCGGCGUCCUCUCAGGGAUCACCACCUGUCUGGCCUUCAUCAAGCCAGCGAUCAACUCCAUCUCUCUCAUGACGCUGGGCAUCCCGUGCACCGCUCUUCUCAUCACCGAGCUGAAGAGGUGUGAUAACCUGCGUGUGUUUAAGCUGGGUCUGCUGUCGGGUCUGUGGUGGACUCUGGCGCUCAUGUGCUGGAUCAGUGAUCGCAUUUUCUGUGAGAUGUGGUCAUCUGUCAACUUCCCGUAUCUACACUGUGUCUGGCAUGUCCUCAUCUGCCUGGCGUCUUAUCUGGGAUGUGUGUGUUUCGCGUAUUUCGACGCGGCGUCGGAGGCUCCGGAGCAGGGGCCCGUCGUCAAAUUCUGGCCCAGCGAGAAAUGGGCUUUUAUCGGGGUGCCAUACGUCACUCUUCUGUGUGUGCACAGGAAGCCCUCUAUUAAGGUGACUUAAGCUGUGCUUCCUGAGGUAUCCGACUACACUUCGGUGCACUUUGUUAUAGACUUCCACACGAAGGAGAAUCCUGGUUUGUGUGUGGAUUUGUUUUUGGGGAAGGACGACGGUCAAUCAGUGUUAUUCUGCUGAGUAUUUAGCACAAAAUCAUUUUUGAGGGGAGAUGUGUGAUUUCAUGGUUUAACGUUACACAGUGUUUCACUAACGGUCAGAAGUUUGGAAUAAUAGAGAUUUGUAUGUUUUUGAAAGAAGUCUCUUCUGCUCACCAAAGCUGCAUUAAUUUGAUCAAAAAUGCAGUAAAAACAGCAAUAUUGGGAAAUAAUAUUGCCUAUUGUUUUUUUGCACUAAUGAUGCACUACCAUUCAAAAAUGUAGGGUAAUUAAAUAAAUAAAUAAAUAAACACUUUUAUUGAGCAAGGAUGCAUUAAAUGACAUUAAGGACUUUUAUUAUGUUACACUUUUUUGUUUUUUUUUUCCAAAUAAAUGCAGUUCUUGUGAACAUUAUUCAUCACAGAAUCCCGAGUAAUAACUGAUAAUUAUCUGAGCAGCAAAUAUGCAUAUUAAUAUGAUUUCUGAAGAUCAUGUGACUCUGAAGACUGCAGUAAUGAUGCUGAAAAUUCAGCGCUGCAUCACAGAAAUAAAUUACAUUUUAAAAUAUAUUAGAGAACAGUUAUAUUAAAUUUUAAUAAUAUUUACUGUAAAUCUGCUCCAGAAUAAGAGACUCGGUGAGCAUAAGAGACUUACUUAAAAAAAAAUGUAAGCAUUCCAAACCUUUAAUCGGUGGUUCACAUAUUAAAAAACAAAAAAGGAAGGGCACUUUUAAAAUACACGUUCACACCAGCAAUUCAGCUUGAAAUCAAAUAUGAGGAUAAUGUUUAUUUGUACAUUAAAAUAGUGGAAAACCUCAUUUAAUCUGCACCUGUAAUGAGGCAGCUCAGCCACAGAUGAGUGUUACAUGACUGUGUUAACACAAAGCAUCGUAUUUCACAGUAGUACUACUAAGUUGCCUUUUUUUGACAACAAUGUAUGCAUUUAAAAUGAAAAGCUGCACCAGGUGAUUUUUCAUCGUUUGACUGGCUAACCUGAGAAAGGUGUUGGACUUUACACUGACACCUGCUGGUGUGAACGCAGCUUUACACAAAAGGAAAAGUUUGACUAUUCACAUGCAUUUAUUAAUUUUGAUAUGGAGGAUCUCAUGUGAAGGUACAUCGUUUUAAGUACUAUUGAUUUAUUUUAAGUGGGAAAAAUGACUUGGUGCAUAUUUCUGGUGAAUAGUGUUAGGACACACAAUCAUCUCCAGCGUCAGGGAAAAACACUGAGGUUAUUUUUACCCCAGUGCGUCUCAUCCGCAGGCCUGAUACCUCCAUACUGAGUUAUGAUGUCUAUAUUUAACGCAGCAUAAACUGGACUAUGUUGCACUACUGUGAAAUCAAUGCAGUGUAUUUGACUGAUUUUAAAACACUGCAUGACAAUAGUUUGCUGAACUGAAUUUAUAGGAAAUCUCCUUUGAGCGAGAAAGUUUGUCAUUGCUUUUCUGAAUGUCUUCACACAGUAAUGUUUAUAUCUAUAUGUAGCCUAACGCUUUCUCAGUUUUUUUCCCUUUAUGUCUACACUUAGUCUGAAUUUAAAGGCUUUUCGCAGUUUGUAUCUUCAUUUCAGAACAAAUUGCCUUUGAUCAUUGCAAGACGGAACAAUGAUUUAUCCAAAUACCAAAAACCUUAUGUACAGUAUGCAAUAAAAACAGAUUCAGCUGUGGUUUGUACAUAAAUGACACAUUCAUGCUGCUUUCUUCCGAUGCCACAAAAUUGCAUCAGUAUUUUAAAGAGAAACUGAACAUCACUUCAGUUUCUAAAUGCUUCGCCACUCGUCCAGAACUGUAGUUUUCUAAAGCAGUGUGAUUUUUGUAUUUUUGUGUAACUUUCUGCUCAUGCAAUGCACAAAAUGUACUGUAAGCCAAUGCAAUGGCUAUAACAAGUGUGUGUGACAGAGAAGAGAGUGUGUGUGUGUUUGUAUUUGUUUAUGCUACAUUAAGGAUAGUAAAACCUGAAAUUUUGGACAUUGCCGGUCUCCAUGAGGGAAAAAAAAAAGAUUAAAAACAGUGAAUGAUGUUUAUCUGUCCCCCGGACCCAGAUGCAACACAGGGACCAAGUAUACAAAGACUAUUUAUUUUUGUGACUUGUAACCGAUUAAUAAUUUUGUAACUACCACUAAAUAAUGAUUUUGUAACCAAAUGAGUUUUAUUGUAUUUUUACACCUUAUUUAAUAAAAACCUGCUGCAAAUUAA